GCUCAUGGCGGCGGCGGCGGCUACGCGUUGCCCGCCGCGCGUGCGCAUUGGGCGGCUCGCCUCCGUUCCAGAGCGAAGCGCUGAGGGGAGAGAAGAAGAGGAGGAGGAGGAGGAGAAGAAAGGCGAGCAGUUGAAGCGGCGGCGGCGGCGGCGGACGCGGAAGCGGCCGGGGAGCCAAAAGCGACUCUCUUCCGAGGCCUCUCUCGGCGGCCUUCCGAACUUGUGUGCCGGAGGGGGGGAGCCGUUGUCUGAGGUGCCCGCCAGCGGGGCUCCCCUCAUGGCCGACGGCGGGAAAGGCGGAUACAGCGAACAUGACGACCGCGUGGCCACCAGCAACAGGCACUAUGCGCGGAGGAGAAAGGGCCGUGUCCCCUUCCGAGGAAAAAUGUACAGCGAGACGGGCUCUCAUCAGCGCAGUUGGAACAGUUCUGGGUCCGGUCCUCGUGGUUGGCCCGACGACGACGAUGACGACGUUCUCAUGAGCGAUGCUCACGAAGUGCUCCGAACACGCUACACUCCUUACGGGUCACGUCCGCACCGACCAGACCGAGGGAGUCCGAGCCUUAUGAAUGCCACCGUGAGACGAAAUCUGAAUAUUGGGGACCGUGCUCCUCCUCCUCCUCCUCCUCAGAAAGGGACAGGAAGCAGGAAGACCUGGUUCAGGAUUACGAUUCCUUACGGAAGAAAAUACGAAAAGAACUGGCUGAUGAAUGCCAUACACGAAACCUGCAGCGUCCCCUUCCACCCCGUGGAGUUCCACUGCGUGAAUAAUCGGGUUGUAUUCUACGUAGAAGACACUUCUGUGGCCAACGCCCUUAAGCAGACCUCUCGUAAAAUUUUGUCUCCGGAUGGAUACAAGGUGGCGAUACUUAUAAACACGUGCAAUCCGCCGAUGACCGUCCAGCAUGAACUGAAACCAGAAGAUAUUGAGCAUCUGAAGCAAUGUAUGAGCAAAAGGUACGAUAGCGCCAAUCAAGCUUUGGAUAUGAAAAAUAUCCACACAGAUCCCGAUCUGAUAGCCCAAAAUUGCGACAUUGUGUUGAACCGCCGAAACUGCAUGUUAGCUGUGCUGCAGAUCAUCGACGACAACAUCCCCGAGCUCCUCUCCCUCAACCUGAGUGACAACAAGCUCUAUCGCCUCGACGACAUGUCCGCGCUAGUUCAAAAAGCUCCCAACCUGAAGAUCCUCAACUUGUCUUGUAACCAGCUGAAGACCGAACACGAGCUGGACAAGCUGAAAGGCUUAAAGCUGGACGAACUCUGGCUGGACAGCAAUCCCCUGUGCGACGGCUUUCGGGACCGCUCCCUUUAUAUCAGCGCCAUCCGAGAACGGUUCCCCAAGCUGCUGCGGCUGGACGGUCAUGAGCUGCCCCCGCCGAUCUCGUUUGACGUUGAAACGCCGACUACUCUGCCUCCGUGCAAGGGCAGUUAUUUUGCCUCCGAAGGCUUGAAAAUGCUGAUCGUUCGCUUUUUACAACAAUACUACGCCAUCUACGAUUCUGGAGACCGACAAGGCCUGCUGGAUGCCUAUCACGAGGGGGCGUGCUGUUCGCUGAGCAUCCCGUUCUCCGGGAAUCACCCUUACAGCAGGACUCAGGGCAGUGAACAGACAAGGAACUGUUUGUCUGAAUAUUUCAAAAACAGCCGGAAUGUCAAGCGACUGAAGGAUCCUUCCCUGCGCUUCCGACUCCUCAAACACACUAAGCUGAACGUCGUGGCUUUCCUCAGCGAAUUACCCAAGACUCAGCACGACGUGAAUUCCUUCGUGGUGGACGUCUGCGCGCAAACGAAUUCGCUGUUAUGUUUUAGCCUGAGCGGAAUCUUUAAGGAAGUCGACAGCCGGUCUCGGGAGCUGGUGCGAGCCUUCACCCGGGUCUUCAUUGCCGUACCUGUGGGCCACAGCGGGUUGAGCAUCGUGAACGACCAGCUCUUCAUCCGCAAAGCCAACAACACGGAAAUCCGCAAAGCCUUCGUCAUGCCGGCCCCCACCCCAUCCUCCAGCCCCGUGCCCACCCCUUCCACUGAGCCCAUGCCCUCUUCGAGCCCCGGGCCCACCCUGACGGCCGAGCAGCAGGAAAUGUUGCAGAAUUUCUCCCUGCAGUCGGGCAUGAACCUGGAGUGGUCUCAGAAGUGCCUCAUGGACAACGAUUGGAACUACGCAAAAGCAGCUCAUGCCUACACCCAGCUGAAGGCUCAGCAGAAGAUCCCCGAAGUGGCGUUUAUCCACUGAGCGUCCAAACGACCAAAGUCGAUCCAGAGCAGCGUUUUUAUUGUUCGGAUAACCUGUUUGGGUUUUUUUUUUUCUUUUUUUGUAAAUAAAAAGUUUAUCCGUUGUAAAUUAAAAGAGACUCCUGCCCUGCUCCCAAUCAUGUGUGGGGGGGGGCUGAAACGCCGUGCCUCUUAAAACCUUUUUGCUGUUCGGGGUGGAGGUAGAAAAAAAAAAAACCGUGAGUUAUGCCGUAGUAGAAGACGACGCAGCUCCCGUUCCCAGCGCCGUCGGCAGCUGGAAGAGACGCUGAGAGAAGCCGGCGGCCGAGAAGACUAAAUUCAGAAGCCAGAGAGGAAAGAGAAAGGGGGAAAAAAAAAAAAAAACUCCCACCUUUUCUUUCCUCCAAUCCCUUUCCGUUCGGAAACAUCAAAUUUUUUAAGGAAUUAUUUUUGGCCAAUCCGUAAACCUUUCCCCCCCCCCCCCAUUAAAGCAUCCUUGUCUCGAAAGUCACGUUUCGUAUGCGCUGAGAUGGGUCAGCAGUGCUGCCAGCACUCUUUAAACUUUCAAACUGGGUUAAAGCUUCCCAAACCCUGUUAUUUUGUUUUUCCCCCCGAGCAUUAAGUUUCUUCGUUCCUAGGCGCACGCUCUCAAAUCGUAGCGUCUGUUGUUUUUCUUUUAAAGGAGAAGGCGGCUUGCGGGGGCCGUUCUAUCCCAACAAGCUCUACCUUCUGCGUUUUCCUACCAGUCCUUGGAAACACUCUGCCUAGUAAAGUUGUUAUUAAAAUCUUG